GGACCCGGGCGGCGGCGGCGGCGGCGGCGGGGCCAUGGCGGAGCGGGGCCGGGGCCGGUGCCCCGAGUGCGGCUCGGCCGCGCUGGUGGAGGACGCGCACUACGCGCAGCAGCAGCUGGUCUGCGCCGCCUGCGGCUGCGUGCUGGCCGAGGGGCUGCUCACCACCACCUACACCGAGGAGCAGCACCUGCGAGAGGUGGCCUAUUCCCAGAGCACCGGCCAGAAAGAGCAGCUGAGCCGCUGCAUGCAGCGAGGGAUCCGGCGGGUCCAGGAUCUCUGUAAAGUCCUCCAGCUCCCCUCAGUGUUUGAGGAAACGGCCGUGUCAUACUUCCAGAGGGCGCUGCAGCACCCCGCCUUCCACCUGGUCAGCCUGGAGAAGAAGGAGCUCCUGGGGGGCUGCUGCGUCUUCGUGACCUGCCGGCAGCACAGCUGGCCGCUGACGGUGGGGACGAUCUGCUCCCUGCUUUACGCCAAGCAGGAGCUGUUCGCCAGCGUCUACCUGAGCGUGCAGAAGGAGCUCGGCAUCUCCGUGCCAGCGCUGAGCCUGGCGGAUCUGGUGAAGACACACCUCAACAGCUUCCGCCUGUUCCAGCGCGCGGAGGACGUCCCUGCCCCGUUUGCGGAGGACAAGGAGCGGAUGGUGGCCCGGACGCUGCAGGUGGUGGAGCUGGCCAGCGAGACGUGGCUGGUCACGGGCCGGCACCCCCUGCCUGUCGUCACGGCCGCGGCGUUCCUGUCGUGGCAGUCGCUGCGGCCCGCCGCCCGCCUCGCCUGCACCUUGGCGCGGUUCUGCAAGGUGGCGGGCAUCGACCUGCCUCCGCCCGCGCACCUGAGGCUGAAGGAGCUCCGCGAGAUCCUCCUGAGGAUGGCGUCCCAGCUCGCUUGGCUGAGGGUGUUCAGCUUGGACAAGAAGACGGUGGUCAAGCACAUCGGGGACCUGCUGCAACACCGGCUUGUCCUGCUGAAAAACGCCUUCUGCCUGGAGGGUGCAGGGGAGCAGCACGUGGAAGCCCAGGGCGAGGGAUCCGCCGGCUCUCCUCCAGCAGCGGGGGCAGGACAGGAGGAAGGCUGCCCUUCGGGAGGGAAACGCAAGUGUGAGAGCAGCCGGAGGCCCUUGCUGCCGCCCUGCCUCAUCAAUCCGAGGAAGAGGCUGCGGACAGCAGCCCUGAGCGAGUCGGACGCUGCCCUCACUGGAGACGAGCCCAUCUCUGACAGCGAGAUAGAGCAGUACCUGAGGGGCCCGCAGGAGAUCCGGGCCUUCAGGAAGGCCAAGGCGUGGCAGUGAGGACGGCCGUCACCGGGACGGCCUGGGGGACAGUGCCACCAGAGCACCAGGGACCGGGACCAAACCAUAAAACCCGGUGGUAAGAGCGCCGCCGCACGCUGCAGGGGCGGCCGUCCGUGGAAAUGGGACUGGGGGGGGAGCAGGGUGUGUCCUGAUUCAUGUUCUGGACCAAAACGGGUCUUUGGAAGAGCUCCUCCUGCUCUGGGUUUCGUUAUGUUUUUGUUAAACACAGAAGUACAGGUGCAAGGAA